AUGCUUCGCCAAAAGUCUUUUAGAUCUCAUACUCCUGUUCUCUUUGUUGUAGUUUUCUUUCUCUUUAUCUUAAUCUCGGCCAAAUAUGACUACUUCGUCAACAUCGGCUUCAGUGUCCCUUCUGGUCAUUCCAAAAGUUGCAAUACAAGGCCGAUACCUACUGAGCCUUCCAGCACCCAAGUACUUACCUCCGCACCCAUAUCAACACCUACAGCUGCCGCAUUCCCCGAAAAGAUAUGGUACAAAGUCGGACCACAAGGUGUUUCUGCCGAGGCUGAGAGCUUCAGAAAUCAUUGUCUCGAUCUAAGCCCUUCAUACGAAUACGAAAUUCUCGACGAUGAGGCGGCCAGCGAAUACGUCUACAAGUGGUUUUCGGAUCGACCAGACAUCAUCACCACAUACUUCUCACUCUCCGUGCCGAUCCUCAGAGCGGAUCUGCUGAGAUACUUAAUUCUGUGGGCCGAAGGAGGAAUGUGGAUGGAUUUAGAUGUUUCGUGCGAUGAAGUACCGAUACAUCGAUGGGUGCUGAAAGAAUACCGAGGAGUUGCGAAUCUUGUUGUCGGGUUGGAAUUUGACUGGCCAUGGGAGAAUGAUAACACCCUGCACGCCCAGUUUACGAGUUGGACGAUAAUGGCAAAGCCUCACUCUCCCCACAUGAUGCAAGUCAUCGAUGAUAUCUUGGUGGGUGUCGACGAGGUAGCACGACAACACAAUGUCUCGCUUGAUGGUAUACAGAUGGGUAUGACACCUCAGGUGGUAGACCUCACGGGUCCCAAGAGGAUGACAUGGAGCAUUGUGAAGAGUUUGAAUCGGAUUCUUGAAAGAGAGCUCGACGACCGGGAUAUUACAGGACUGAGAAGUGCAAAGCUUGUUCACGAUGUGCUGAUAUUACCGGGAAAUGCGUUUGCGGCGAGUCAGAGUAACUUUCCAAAGGAUCAAGGGCCGGUUCUGGUAACCCAUCAUUAUGCGGGAACAUGGAAAAACAAGCUGGGUGGGGAGGAGAGGAAGCCGGCGGUAUGA